AUGCUGUGGCUCGGCGAGCGUAUCUCGAUAGCGCACGCCUGCGCCCACCACCCCGCCUCGGGGUGGACCGAGGACCAGAGACGCCGCCUGUACGCGCUCAAUGCGGCCGGGCUGGUCUCGGCUGGGGAGGUCGACAUGGCCGAGUUCGUGCAGCUCAUGCUGGAUACCGGCGUGGUCGAGCUGCAGGACGUGUACGUCCGUCAUAAUGCGCUCCGCGAGGCGGUGGUCGCCCGCGUCGAGGUGCUCCGCCGCCUUUUGGAGGAGUCGCAGCUGUAA